AUUGACUUUUCUUCUUUUUAUUGUCGAUAUAUACUCUAGGAUAAGGAUGGUGAAAACAAUAUUAAGCAGCAAUAUUUUAUAUUAUACCACAACAACAAUAAUCAUUAUGAGUACACAAAAUUUAAUUGCUAGGAAGCAUUAUGUUCUUGUACAUGGUGCUUGCCAUGGUGCUUGGAGUUGGUACAAGAUCAAGCCACGUUUAGAAUCUGCUGGUCAUGUGGUUACAGUACUUGACCUUUCAGCUUCUGGAACCAACUUGAAGAAACUUGAAGAUGUUGAUACAAUUUCAGAAUACUCUGAACCAUUGUUGAAGCUAAUGGCAACAAUUCCGCAAAAUGAAAAGGUGAUUCUUGUGGGUCAUAGUCUUGGAGGACUUAGCAUAGCUCUUGCAAUGGAACAAUUUCCAGAAAAGGUUGCUGUUGGUGUUUUCUUAACUGCUUUUCUGCCGGACAUUGAACACAAUGCUUCUUAUGUCAUGGAAAAGUAUAUUGAGAGUACCCCGGCGGCUGAAUGGUUGGACACUGAAUUCUGCCAGUGUGGAAACAAAACAUCAAUGUUCUUUGGUCCCAAAUUCUUGUCCCAUAAGCUCUAUCAACUCUCCUCCACUGAGGAUCUUGAAUUGGCCAAGACUUUGCUGAGGCCAGGGUCCCUCUUUAUGGAAGACUUGACUCAGCAAGAUAACUUCUCUAAACAAGGUUAUGGGUCAGUUCAACGUGCUUUUAUUGUUUGCAAUGAAGAUCUUGGAAUUCCAUUGAAAUUUCAACACUGGAUGAUCCAAAAUGCUGGGAUCAAUGAUGUAUAUGAGAUCAAAGGGGCGGAUCAUAUGGCUAUGAUUUGCAAGCCACAAGAACUAUGUGAUUCUCUAAAUCAGAUAGCUUUAAAAUACGCAUGAAUUAAUUAAGUAUUCUGGUUUAGCUUAAUUUGUUGGAUUUGAUAUUUUACUUUUGUCCGAAAUAAAGGAAUCAGCAUGUUUGAAACUUUAUUGUAGACGUGGCCUGCAACUUCUUUGUCUUUUUCAUGCAUGUAUGCAUCUUUGUAAAUUUUAGAAAGGGUUAAAUAAAUUUUUCAUCUCUAUAAAUAUAA